GGGGCCUCCCCGGGCGAGUCGGGCUGGGCUGGGCGCUCCCGGGGGCCGGGGAGGGCCGUCUCCGAGCUGAGCCGGGCAGGGCCGUCCCGCCAUCGCGGGCAGCGCCGUGGAUGGAAAAGAAGAGCUCAUGGUUUCUGAUUUAUGUAACAGCAGAAGCUGAAUAGGCAUGAAGGAUACUAUAGUGGGAAUGAGAAGUGUCAAAAGAGAAGAAAUGAAUCCUACAAAUGAUGAUGGAGUGCUUGGGACCAUCUUUGACUGGGACUAUCUCUUAUGGGAAGUUCGUUUGACAAUAUUAGCUGCUGGUUUUUUAAUCUACUUGGCAGUAUUUCUUCUGUCUCACUGGUUGUCUUCAUGGAGAAGUACCACUUACCGUGCCUUGUAUGCAAAGGAGAAGGUGUUUUGGAAUAUGGCAGUCACACGUGGUGUGUUUGGACUUCAGAGCUGUGUUGCUGGGUUAUGGGCUUUGCUCAUAGAUCCCGUUUUUCAUGCUGACAAAGUGUAUUCGCAGCAAAAGUGGAGUUGGUUUAACUGUUUAAUAGCUGCUGGAUUUUUCUUGCUUGAAAAUGUAGCAGUCCAUUUGUCCAACAUUGUUUUUAGAACAUUUGAUGUGUUCUUGGUAGUUCAUCACUUACUUGCUUUUGGUGGCUUGGCUGGUCUGGUAAUUAAUGUGAAAUCUGGACAUUAUCUGCCUUUGAUGGGAAUGUUGCUGGAGAUGAGUACUCCUGCAACGUGCAUUUCCUGGAUGCUUCUGAAGGCUGGCUGUGCUAACACCUUUUUCUGGAAGGCAAACCAGUGGGUGAUGAUCCACCUGUUUCACUGCCGCAUGAUUCUUACUUACCACAUGUGGUGGGUGUGUAUUUUCAAUUGGAAUUCUGUGGUUGAAAACCUGGGACUUCUUCACUUUAUUGUUUUAUUCUCGGGAUUAUUUGCUGUUACACUAAUACUUAACCCAUACUGGACAUACAAAAAAACUCAGCAACUCCUCAGCCCAACAGACUGGAACUUUGAAAAUAAAGCAGUGGAAAAUGGAAAAUUAAACGGUGAAACACAACAAAAGAAGAGGAUAUAACACCGAAGCAGCAGUUUCCUAGUAGGGUAACGCAAAAGUACAAUGCGAAGUAAUUCUUUGCAUGUGAAUUAGAAACUUUUACGAGAAGCUCGUUGACACAGUGGUUCCUUGCUGGUAGCAUUCUGUAUGCAUCAGAAGUAUUGAAAAGCAUUGUUUGUGCUUCAUAUGUGCAUACACAUUAGAACUUAACCCUCUUGGUUAUGAAUUAUGCCAACAAUUUUGUCAGAUUGGGCAGUAUUUCAUAAUUUAGUAGUGACAUGCUCCCUAUUGGCAGCCUUUGUCCUAAUGCUUCAAAGUGGCUUCACAGUUGUCUGUUAAGCUCAGCUUGAAUCAAGUUUAGCUUGAAUCAUAUUUCACAAAUGGCAGAGAUGCUGGUACUGGAAAUUACGUUGUUUAUUAAGAUCAAUUAUGACCCAAGUUAGGUAUGCGUACGUACCUAGUUCCUGUGUGCCAGUGAAUCAUUCCAAGUGGCUGAACUGGUCAGUGGAAGAAUGCAGUCAUGGCUUAGCUUUGGGGUUUGUUGUUGGUUGGUUUGUGGGUAUUUGGUGGUGUUUUUUUGUUUUGUUAAUAAAUUUUUUUUGGUUUUUUAUUUUAAGUUCACUUGAGAAACUUGGGAAGAUAAGUGAGUGUUUGCUGUCAAAGUGAGUUGUAGUUUCAGGUUGCCCUCAGUAUGGGAGGAGUUCGUAUCCACCAAAAACGUGCAUGUGGGGAUGCCCACAUUUGCUGUAUGUGUAGACUAGCUAGGUAGUCAUAGUGAUCCCUUCUGGAAUUGAAAUCAAUGAAGUACAAGUCGCAACAACAAAAUGUGACUCUGCUCUGUCCUUCAAAAGACUAUUGUUUGAUUAGUAAAAUUAUUUUAUUUGUAGGCCCCACUAGUUCCACUAGUGCUCCUGUUAUGGUUCCUCUUAUUUUUGGAAAUGCACUUAGUUUUAGAGGAUUUUAGAAUCUGAGAUGACUCCUCAGUGGAGAAAAGCCCAGCUCAGCUCCUGUAGAGUUCUGUUGUUCUAUUAGUGUUUUUAUUUACCUUUGAAGAGCAUACAAAAUGACGCUAACAAUCUUUUGCACUUUAUUUGUCACAUCACAAAAAUCUUUCCUCGACUUGAAUAAUUUGGUUCCUUUUUGGAUAGGAACUAAUGGCAAUGGAUGUUCUCCCACUUAAAAUACUGGUCUGAUGAUUCCCGGGGAAGUGUUGGGAAGCGGAUUAAGGGAUAAAGAUCACUGUAGAAGAGAGUGACCCCUAGUGGCAGGAGAAUGACAAAGAUACUACUUCUGGUGCACGGAACUAGUAAGAUAAAAAGCCUCUUAAUUGGAACUGUGUGUGACAUGACUGCUACACAGAUUUAUUCUGCAAAGCAUAAGACUGGGCAAGUGCAAGCUGUGAAGAAUUUUAGGUCAAGCCAUGGGUUAGAGACUUCGUGUACUGAUCUGUGGUGGAGCAUAUUGUUUUAAAAGUGUAAGGAAAGCACUCUUUGGUGAAAAGAGCCCCAUUUUAUUAAGUUUUAGUGGCAGUGGUUUUUUGUUCUGAGUGAAGAGAGGAAACUAGUGGUCAGGUUUUUGUGUUACCUAAUUCACUCUGUGUGAGCACAGAGUUGAAUUGCUGCUCUAUGAGGGAGAGGAAACAUCUUUCUGUUAGGUCACAAAUAUUUAGCCAGAUCCUCUUGAUAAUGAUGAAGAGGUGAGUAUCUGAAAUUGCCCAUUCGAAAUUAGGCUGAGAGGGUCAUAGAGAGGGACAGUUGUUUUAUACAGCAACCCUGUCUGUUACUCUGCUUAUACUCAAUAGAGAACUUGGAGCUGUCUUCUUACUCCUAAGCUGGGCAAAAUGAGGUUGCCAAAACACUGCAAUAUCACCUGUCUGGGCACCAUCCUAUAGUAAAAAGAGUUCUCUAAAGCCUCUCCUGAGGAUUUGUUGGGGGGAGAGUACUGUUAAGAGCACUUUGAAGAAAGCAGAGAGAUGAAUUCCUUGGAAAUAAACCCACAAAAUGUGAUCUGAAUGCAUAUGUAGCAGAAUCCAAACCUCACCUGCAGGAGUUCAGAAAGAAAGGCAGAGGGUAAGUCACCAAUGACCAGAUAUCAAAAUGAUGGUGUGCUCUAUGAAGCUUAACAUUUAAAGGUUUGGAUUCAAUAAAACAAGGUAAUAAUUAUAAAAGUCCCAGCUACAGAAUUCUGAAGAAUCCUAACAGAAAAUGGAAGCAUCAGAAGUAGUGUGGGCCAGGUGUGUAAUUCUUACAGUGGCUGGCUAAAGGAGGUGAAGUUCUAUGUGCUAAAAUAAAAGAAUAUGGAGAGUGGGAGUUAGUAGUGAAUUUGUGACUGAAAAAAAAAGACAGAUGAAAAUUUAUGCCAUGGUACCAGAUACCUAACAUGUAAUAUUUUGUAUUACUAAUUUUUGUGAUUUUAUUAAAUGGCUUUUAAAUAUUUCAUUAAAAUUAUGUUUUUAUUGUCAUAAUGCAGUCUUUUUAGUUUGCAUCAUGGUGUGGGCUUUUUCUUGCAAACAGUGUUGUGGUAUAUAUUAAAUCUUUUGCAUGUCUUAACUGUAUAAUGACUAAUACCUCAGAACACCUGUUAACCUAAACACUGGUAGACCUUCUAGAACAAGAAAGCCAUGCAAUAAAAGAAUCAACAGCACUCA